AUGCACGGCAUCUCACCUAGCUGGCUUCUGCUGGCCUCUGGCCUCGUGCCUAUCGUGGCCGGCGAUGGCUGCCCCUUCGCCAAGCGAGCCACCGACUCCAACUUGGUUCCUCCCAGAGCUAUCGGCGAGGAUUUCGGCCGAUGCCGCGUCGCUAGCAACCAAGCUGGUGGUGGUUCAAGAAGCAAGGACUUCUGGCCUUGCCAACUGAAGCUCGAUGUUCUGCGACAGUUCUCACCGCAGUUCAACCCUCUGGGCCAGGAGUUCGACUACACUGAGGCCUUCAAGUCUCUGGACUACGAGAGCCUCAAGAAGGACCUUCACGAGCUUCUCACAGAUUCUCAGGAUUGGUGGCCUGCUGAUUUCGGUCACUACGGUGGACUGUUCAUGCGAUUGGCAUGGCACAGCGCCGGUACCUACCGUGCCAUUGACGGCCGCGGUGGUGGUGGAAUGGGUCAACAACGAUUUGCCCCUCUCAACAGCUGGCCCGACAACCAGAACCUCGACAAGGCUCGUCGUCUGCUCUGGCCCAUCAAGCAAAAAUACGGCAACAAGAUCUCAUGGGCUGACUUGAUCCUUCUCGCUGGCAACGUCGCCCUCGAGGGCAUGGACUUUGAGCCUCUCGGUUUCGCCGGUGGCCGUCCCGAUACUUGGCAGGCCGAUGAGUCCAUCUACUGGGGAGCCGAGUCUACCUUUGUCCCUAAGGGCAACGAUGUCCGCUACAACGGCAGCACCGACAUCUUCAACCGAGCCGACAAGCUCGAGAAGCCUCUGGGUGCUACUCACCUCGGUCUCAUCUACGUCAACCCCGAGGGUCCCGACGCUAGCUCUGACCCCAAGGCUUCUGCCCUUGACAUCCGCGUUGCUUUCGACCGUAUGGGUAUGAACGACGAGGAGACUGCUGCCCUUAUCAUUGGUGGUCAUACCUUUGGUAAGACCCACGGUGCUGUGCCUGCAUCCAAUAUUGGCCCUGAGCCCGAGGCUGCUGAUCUCGGAGAGAUGGGUCUUGGCUGGCACAACAAGGUCGGUGAAGGCAACGGCCCUAACCAGAUGACCAGUGGCCUUGAGGUUAUCUGGUCCAAGACACCCACCAAGUGGAGCAACCACUUCCUCGAGAGUCUUCUCAAGAACGAAUGGACCCUCGUCGAGAGUCCCGCCGGAGCUCACCAGUGGGAGGCCCUUAACGGUACCGUCGACUACCCGGAUCCUUUCGACAAGACCAAGUUCCGCCGCGCCACCAUGCUCACCAGCGAUCUCGCCCUCAUCAACGACCCCGCUUACCUCAAGAUCUGCAAGCGCUGGCUCAACAACCCCAAGGAGAUGGGCAAGGCCUUCUCCCGCGCCUGGUUCAAGCUUCUCCACCGUGAUCUCGGCCCUCACGCUCGCUACCUCGGUCCUGAGGUUCCUAAGGAGCAAUUCAUCUGGCAGGAUCCUCUCCCCGCGCAGAAGGGUGAGACCAUCAGCCAAGCCGAUAUCACCAGCCUCAAGUCCGCCAUCCUGUCCGCCGAUGGUCUUACUGUUUCCAAGCUGGUUUCCACCGCCUGGAACUCUGCUUCUACUUUCCGCCACUCCGACAAGCGUGGUGGUGCUAACGGUGCCCGCAUUGCUCUUGAGCCCCAGGUCAGCUGGACCAGCAAUAACCCCAAGCAGCUCAAGCAGGUUCUUUCCGCCCUCAAGACCGUCCAGAAGAACUUCAACUCCAAGUCCAAGUCCAAGCAGGUCUCUCUGGCUGACCUGAUUGUCCUCGGUGGUGUUGCCGCUGUUGAGAAGGCUGCCCAGGAUGCUGGCUUCAAGAGCGUCGAGGUCCCCUUCACUCCCGGCCGUGUUGAUGCUACCCAGGAGCAGACCGAUCUCAAGCAGUUCGGCUACCUUGAGCCUCUUGCCGAUGGUUUCCGCAACUACGGCCACGGAACUGCCCGCGCCCGCACCGAGGAGAUCCUUGUCGACAGAGCCGCUCUCCUGUCCCUCACACCCCCCGAGAUGACCGUCUUGGUCGGUGGUCUCCGCGCCCUCAACGCCAACUUCGACGGAUCCUCCAACGGUAUCCUCACCGAGAAGAAGGGCCAACUGACCAACGACUUUUUCGUCAACCUCCUCUCCCCCAACUUCCAGUGGAGCAAGAAGGACAGCCAGGGCGAGCUCUGGACUGCCACCGACCGUGCCACCAAGUCUGCCAAGUGGACUGCCACCCGUGCCGACCUGGUCUUCGGAUCCCACGCCGAGCUCCGUGCUAUUUCUGAGGUUUACGGUAGCGCUGAUGCCAAGGACAAGUUUGUCAAGGAUUUCAUUGCUGCUUGGACCAAGGUCAUGAACCUCGACCGCUUCGACGUCAAGGUUGAGAACUAG